ACAUCACAAGCUUGAUAAAGAAGAAAAGUUAUAAAAAAUUCUUGUACCUUUUAUAAGAAAUACUCUUAUUUGAAACUUUACUUCUUUAUCAAUGGCUUAUUCUAAGAUAGCUCUUCUUUUCCUCUUCAAUGUCAUCUUCCUCACCUUGGUCAGCUCGACUUCUGUCCCUUGUCCACCACCACCAUCCAAGAGCUAUCACAAGAAGCCCUCACCAUCGUCUCCUUACCACAAAGCCACAUGUAAAGACGCUCUUAAACUCAAGGUAUGUGCUAACGUGUUGGAUUUGGUUAAGGUUUCUCUACCACCAACGUCCCAGUGUUGCGCUCUCAUCGAUAAUUUAGUUGAUCUUGAAGCCGCAGUCUGUCUUUGCACCGCCCUAAAGGCUAAUCUUCUUGGUAUCAACCUUAACGUUCCAAUUUCUUUAAACCUUGUCCUAAACCAUUGCGGUAAGAAGGUUCCAUCUGGUUUCAAAUGUGCCUAGAGAUAACACAUUCUAAACUGAGAUUCUAGAUUCCACAUUUCAUUUUUGUUUUUUUUUUCUUUCUUAAAUUCCUCGCCUGAUGAUAUCUUUUUCUGUUUUUGUAAUUCGUUGUAUUCAUGAAAUAAAGAGACUUUUGUUUUUAUUAA